AUGUAUUUGAUCUAUGCGAUGCCUAUGCUGCAAAGUGCUGCUGAUUUGUCGGCCCAUACCACCGCAACUGAUGAUGAGAUGCUCGACUACACCAACCAGCUAAGGAAUGGAAUCUUGGAAGCCUACUCUGGUAUCCUGCAAGGAUUUAAGACUUCACCUAAGACACAACUACUGAUGCCAUAUGCUCCACAUAUUAUUCAGUUCCUUGAUGCUCUGUACAAUGGAAAGGGUUUGGAUGACACUGUGAUGAAGACUGCAAUAGGUGUCUUGGGAGAUCUGGCCGACACAUUGGGUGUCCAUGCUGGCCCGUUGAUCAAUCAAUCCACCUCAAGCCAGGCAUUUUUAGAGGAAUGCUUGGCAUCAGAUGAUCCUUUGGUGAAAGAAUCUGCCGAGUGGGCGAGGAUAGCAAUCAGCCGUGCAGUUUCGGGUUCACACUGA